AAUUUUAGAUUUGCAUAUUCCGAUGAGACUGUUCUUAGACCUUGAAUGGUGGCGUGAAGAUGUCAUGACAUGAAGACUGUAUUCUUGAUUUCAGCCGCGUGAGGCCAACUCAGUUAUCAUACUCAUGGCUCAACCAACUGGACAAACAAUUUCCCAGACCACGGAUACCAGAUCUUGCAGCCAAAAUCUUCAAGAGAAGCUAGCUACGAAAAUGCACUGCUGAUGCUGAAACAUACGCCGAUUUCAACUGGGAUGAAGUUGGAUUUGGUAUGGUUCCAACAGAUUACAUGUACGUCAUGAAAUCCUCUGAAGGAGAGAGUUUUACUCAAGGGAACGUAACUCCUUUUGGAAACAUUGAGAUGAGCCCGUAUGCUGGAAUCUUAAACUAUGGACAGGGAUUGAUUGAAGGUCUGAAGGCAUACCGGAAGGAAGAUGGUCGUGUUUUGCUGUUUCGACCGGAACAGAAUGCUCAGCGGUUGAAGAUCGGUGCAGAGAGAAUGUGCAUGCCAUCGCCAUCUGUUGAGCAAUUUGUUGAAGCUGUAAAGCAAACAGUCAGGGCCAACAAGCAUUGGGUACCUCCCCAAGGUAAAGGGUCACUCUAUGUCAGGCCAUUGCUCAUUGGAAGUGGACCUGUUCUGGGUUUGUGUCCAGCACCGGAAUACACAUUCCUCAUGUAUGUUUGUCCCGUUGGCAAUUAUCAUAAGGGUCCCUUAAACUUGGUUGUUGAGGAUAAGCUCCAUCGUGCUACUCCGGGUGGAACUGGAGACAUCAAGGCUAUCACCAACUACUCACCGGUUUGCAAAGCACUAACUGAAGCAAGGGCCAAAGGAUUCUCUGAUGUCCUAUUCCUAGACGCAGUAACAAAAAAAUAUAUUGAGGAGGUUUCGACAUGUAAUAUUUUUAUUGUCAAGGAUGAUGUGAUUUCAACCCCAGCAAUAGUUGGAACAAUUCUGCCCGGAAUCACUCGAAAAAGCAUCAUUGAGAUUGCCCUUGAUUUUGGUUACCAGGUGUCUCUCUCUGAAACAUUGGUUUUUGUGAUCAGAUGGAAGGUAUGUUGCAGGCAAUUUGAUAAACAAGAGUUGAUUAAAAUUUGCCAAUUUGAUCAGGUGGAGGAACGUACAAUCCCGGUGGAGGAUUUGCUUGAAGCUGAUGAAGUUUUCUGUUCAGGGACUGUUGUGGUUAUAAGUCCCGUUGGUUCUAUAACCUACCAGGAUAAAAGGGUUGAAUACAAAACUGGAGCUGAAACGGUGUCUCAGAAACUGUACGUAAUGUUAACAGGAAUUCAAACAGGCCGUGUUGAGGACAAGAGAGGAUGGACUGUUGAAGUUGUUUGAGCCUCUUCCCUCUCAUCUACAGCAAAACUUUGUUUUGCUUUUUUUUCUUUAGACUAUGUUGUCUAGAAUAUGGCUUCUUCUAUUUUUUUUCAAGAAAAAUGCUAAAGUCAGGCAUACUUGGGGGAGGCCCCGUGCACGACGUCCAGCGUGUAUUACUGAAACGAAGCGUUUCAUAGAUCAAUCCCUCAAUCGCGUUCCUCACUAACACAACCUCAUGAAACGGUGCGUUUCAAUGGGAAAAAAAAAAAGGCCUAGCCCUUUGCACAUUGAGCCUCCUUCCAUGCAUGCGUAGAACCUCAAUUUCCCUUUGUCGAUUACAGAACCCCAAUCCCUCUGAUGAAUCUCGCGUCCCUCUCAAAAUUGCUUCCCUCUCAAGAUACAUAUACAGUUGCUAGUACAACCCAUCUUCGUCAACGUCAAAAAUGUUGAUUGCUGCAAAAGUAAGAACAGAGCUUCAAAAGGUCGCCUUUUGUAACCACUACAGCCUCCACCCAUUUUUCAGCCCCCUUUUAACUGCUACAGUCUCUGCAACUUCCUCUACCUAUCUCUCCUCUUAAGGUUGUACACAUAUACAUAAGUUCUCUCAAUAUUUUUCUACAUCUCUAUGCAUCCACUGGUGUAUUUUUUUCACAUUCAUUCUCGCUCGUCACGUUUAUUGUUCGCCGAGUAUGUACUAGUUUCCAGUUCCUUUUUGUCUAACUUUCACUUCACUUUUUAGAUUAUUUUUUCAUAUUUUUUGGUUUAUAAGAUAUUCACUUUUGUAGCAGAAUUUAGCUUAAACAUUUCGUUUGUUGAGAUA